CCCUGUUACGGCCGCUUCGUUACGCGCGGUCGAUACGAGUAACGAGGAUCAGCCUGCGCUCCGGCACGCAUCUAUGAUACUCGCAGGACUUUAAAAUACGGAUACAGGCAAUCGCACACGAAACACCGAUCGUUUUCAGUGCGCCAUAAUGUCCAACCUCGCUCGCACCUUGCGCCCCUUCCUCAGGUGCGUCCGCGGCCAGAGGAGAAGCUAUGCGGACGCUGCGUCCGGUAAUGAGAUGAAGUUCACGUUCGCUGGCGCUAAUCAGGUAUUCUACGAUCAAUCCUCGAUUCGUCAAGUCGACGUACCUUCCUUCUCGGGCUCCUUCGGCAUUUUACCCAAGCACGUGCCCACGUUGGCGGUGUUGAAGCCUGGUGUAGUUACUGUCUACGAAGAUGACGGUUCGUCCAAGAAAAUUUUCGUCUCCUCCGGCACCGUCACCAUUAACGAGGACGGCAGUGUACAGAUCUUGGCAGAGGAAGCCCAUCCAGUAGAAAACCUCGACAACUCGGCAGCGAGGGACAUUUUGAGCAAAGCUCAACAACAGCUCUCCUCGGCAACGUCGGACGUAGAUAAGGCUGAAGCGGGUAUUGCGGUUGAAGUUGCAGAAGCACUUGUACAAGCUACGCAAUGAAUGUUACGAGUAAUAUGGAAUUAUACGUGUAUACAUAUGUACUUGGACACGCUACCAGUUAGAAAGAGGCAUGUGUUCGAACGCAUUCUUGUUCUUGAUAUUGUUGUACGACAGUGUAGCAACAAUAAAAAUGUGUUAAAUUA